UUAUCGUUUGCGAUGGAGUCAUAUUUUUGCGUAACAAAUUCCGAUUGUAGCUCCGUUAAAAACUCAUUGAAAUUAUGUCAUUUGUGUACCUUUUUCCAAUACGGUCGUGUUCAAUGCAGAAAAGUCUCUAUCGUUUGACAAAAUUUGCCUGAGAAUUGUUAUUGUUAGGAAAAGUUGUCGAUUUGGGAGACAUCUUGUGUUGAAAAACCUGCAAGUUGGCGGUCUUGUCUGAUUUUGUCUUUCGUGUGAAAAGUAAGCAAAAUUAGUUCGGUGCUAUAGAAGUCCGCAAUCAUGGACGUGUCGUGGGAUGCGGAUAACUUCGAACCAAAACUUGCAACCACGUUGACGACGACUCUCAGAUGGGAGGGCGAGGACGAGGAAACUGACGUCAAGGACAGCUGGGAGGACGAGGAGGAGGAAAAGAAAGAUGAGGAGAAAAAAGAGUCCGCCCCGGCACCUCCACCAACAAAACCGAAAAAGAAAAUACAUGAAAAAAUUGCUGAAAAAGAGCGUCUAGAGCAAGUGAAAGCAGAACAAUUGAUUGAAAAGGAAGAGGAGCUGACACCUGAACAGAAAAUCGCGGAGAAACUGCGCCGACAGAAACUGCAGGAGGAGUCAGACCUGCGGCUUGCCUUGGAAACAUUUGGCAUAGAUGGUGGUGGCUCCGGUAAACUGGACAGCUUCAACCCCACAACAAAGGAGGAGUUUACAGAGUUUGCAGACCUGCUCUGCAAUAAGAUCAACUUUUACAAGGCCAGGGAGGAGUUCCCCGCCUUUGUUGAUGAUCUGGUCAAAAAUAUUAUUUUACAAAUGCCAUCAGCUGACAUAAAGAGGAUAAAGUUGACAGUGGACAACCUUUACAUUGAGAAGCAGAAGGUGGAAAAGAAUGAGAAGUCAAAGAAACCCAAUAAGGGCAAAGGGAAGGCCAAAUUAAAAGUUGAAGGCGAUAAUGCACAUCUUAACCAAUACGAUGCGUAUGGUAAUUAUGAUGCAGACUUUGACGACUUUAUGUAAACGCACACCAUGACCCAAUACAACGAUACCUGGCCUCUGAUUCAUCAAGAUUACGUCGCUUUUAAUGCAAAGUCCUUUAUAUAUAUAAUCUACAUAUUGGAAACAGAUCACAGCCUAGCUAAAACAGUAAGUUGCUGUUGUUCUUAAGUAGAGUUAAAUCUCAUAAUUGCGGAUUGUGGCCUAGAAUCAUAAAAUUUAUGUCUCCGAACUUAUACCACGGUACUUGUCUAUGUUAUUGAAAAGCAGCUGGCGGUUUGCUUACAAUGAUUACUAAACAACAGUUCUGUACAUUAGAUACAUAAGACGUAAGCAAUAAUUAUACUACAAAUGCAUCUUGCGUGUCUCUUGGUUCUAAAUCUUUAAAAUAUAUCACCAGUAAAAAAUUUUGAAGACUGCUAAAUCGUAGGCUGGUAAAGUAUAUUUUGCCUGCCAUUUUCCAAAUAUAAAAGUGGACUAUUACAACAGAUUAUGCAAUUUAAAUGUGUUUGUCAGAAGACAUUUUGUUCGAUAAACAAUUUUUUAUAUAAACUUCUGAGCGUAGCCCAGAUAGUUGAAAUUCAUGUAUGGAAAUUUUACAUUAAAAGUGACUAGCAGUAAAAUAUAUUUUUUUAUAAUCACAAUUGUAUAAACUGCCUCGAAUUUCUUCUAUUUCGAAACGAAAUUAAAAUAUGUUGUAAAUAUAUCCAUCUGGUAUGGAUUUUUAUUUAUUUAUAUUAUUAUGGGAGUUAUAAUAUUGUAGUUUUAUAGAAGAGUUUGUUAUAUGCAAUCUAUAAGAUCUAUAUUAUCCCACUCUGUAUGCAAUCCUUGAUAAUGGUAUAAACGUCAUUGAGAAACAAUUAAACACCCAAGACUUGUCUUAACAGCAUAAUAUGAAUAAGGUAAUUAAUAAUUAAAUUUCAACCCACCCGUAAUAACCCCACCGAAACCCCUAGUGGGUUUUGGUGCUUGGAAUGAGAUUUUAUUUAUUUGUUGAAAAUGCAAAGCGUACUGAUCUUCAAAUCAAACUGAACUGUAAACUCGAAGCUUGAGUUUGGCAUGCCUUUUGAAUGUUGUAAACAAAAGUUGAAGUAUAAAAUUUGUAUAUUAUGAUUUUAAACUUAUAUUGUUACAUUGUAAUUUCGAGUAAUAACUAAGUAAAUUUAGCUUUUGUAUGUAAAUACCCUUUACUCUGUAUCAUUAAUAAAAAAAAAAUCUCGUUUUGAUCGCAAUAAUACGUCGUCCAUUGAGUUUUUCGGAGGUUGGUCUUUCAUUUUACUGUGGCUCUGGGCAGUUCCCAUUUUGUUUUAUAAAAAUUACUAAACAACA